AUGUUAACGCUUGGAAUUGAAGGCACUGGAACAACGAAUAGAUUUAAAGGAUACCAGUUUCCCAAAGACUCUUCAAUGAAUCGGGGUGAUUAUCACGAGGUUGUUAACAUUAAAAAAGAUAUCUGUGUCAUUAAAUGGAAAGACUCCAAAACAGUAUUAACUUGUUCAACUGCUAUUGGAGCCCUGCCAUUGCAUAAGGUCCAGCGUUACGAUAAAGUUACAAAAUCAUACAUCGAAGUAACUUGCCCUGAUAUGAUUAAAAAUUACAACGAACAUAUGGGAGGUGUAGACGUCAGCGACCAAAUGAUGGAGGUCUACAGAUCAUGGCAUAAAACUCGCAAAUGGCCAAUCAAGUUAAUAAUGCAUUUGUUUGACUUGGCCAUGGUGAACUCGUGGUACGAGUAUCGCCAAUCAUGUGAUAGAAAUAAAGUCAAGAACUCUAAUAUCAUGGAUUUUCUGGACUUUAAAAUAUGCGUAUCUGAUUUUCUACUUGGCGGCUCAACGAGAAAACGCACCCGAGAAGAAUUCGAAGAAAUGGCAAAGAUGCCUUCAACAUCCCACUAUCAACCUGCACCUAUUCCAACUAUAGAUAAACGUCUCGAUGGGUAUAACCAUUGGCCCGUAUGUGAUUCUCUAAAAGCUCCUCGCUGUUGCCGAGUGACAGGUUGUACAAGCCGUUCAAAAGUAAGAUGCACAAAAUGCAAUGUUUAUCUUUGUAGUACUAAAGAUAAGCAUUGUUUCUACGUUUUCCAUAAUGAAAAAUAA